AUACCGCAGUAGUUACUGUGAUGAUGCAAGAUGCCAGAUGGGAAUUAUUCAGUGGAAUUACUGUACGUAAAGGUCAUAGGUCAACUACGAUGGCAUGAUGUAUCGCGCGAGUAUUUCAACUACUGAGUCGACGCAGAGCUGUAGGAGGAAUAGGGAGUGUGAGUAACGCCACGCUGGCACGAGAGCGUUGAACCGGCGAGUUUAUCAAGUUACGUUAUACGUGUGAGGUGUGAGCUAGCUGGGACGUGGCGUUUUAUUCUGUAUCUCCAAUAAACAGGUUUCUUGCUGUUGCCGUGACGACGCGCACGUGAGACAGGAUGUCGGCGAAGGCUGUGCGGGAGCAGACGGGCAAGGCGCUGCUGGGAAAGUAUCUCAGCCAUGGCGUCGUCCCUCGCUUCGCCGUCGUUACCGCGGCGACCGAGUGGGACCAGCUGACGCGCGAACACCCGUGGCUGCUCAUGGAGAAACUGGUCGUUAAGCCGGACCAGCUCAUUAAGCGACGCGGGAAGCUGGGACUCAUCCUCGUUAACUCUGACCUCGCCGGGGUCAAGCAGUGGAUCGCCGACAGGCUGAACAAGGACAUCACAGCUAAGAAAUUUGACGUUCCUGUGUUUGGGAAGCUGACGGAGAACGAUGUCAAGACGAAGCUGGUCUGUAACGCACCAGCCAACAAGCAGGAGGCUUUGUGCAAGUUCAUCGUGUCUCUGUUCCAAGUCUACACAGACCUGUUCUUCACUUACUUGGAGAUUAAUCCACUCGUCGUGACGAAGGCGGGAAUCUUCGUGCUGGAUCUGGCGGCGAAGAUUGACGCAACGGCGGAGUUUCUGUGCAAGGCGAAGUGGGGCGACAUCGAAUUCCCUCCUCCCUUUGGCCGUGAAGCCAUGCCUGAGGAAGCCUACAUCGCUGAGCUGGAUGCGAAGAGCGGCGCGUCCCUCAAGCUGACCAUCCUCAACAGGAAGGGCCGCAUCUGGACGAUGGUCGCCGGCGGCGGCGCCUCCGUCAUCUACACCGACACCAUCUGCGACCUAGGGGGCACCGAGGAGCUGGCUAACUACGGCGAGUAUUCGGGAGCUCCGAGCGAGCAGCAGACGUAUGAAUACGCAAAGACCAUCCUUAACCUGAUGACAUCCGAGGAGAAACAUCCGAAAGGCAAGGUGCUGCUGAUCGGCGGUGGCAUUGCUAACUUCACCAACGUCGCCGCGACCUUCAAGGGCAUCGUAAGGGCGCUGCUGCAGUUCACCGCGCUCCUGCGCGAACACAACGUGUCCGUGUUUGUACGCCGCGCUGGACCCAACUACCAGGAGGGUCUGCGCGUCAUGCGUGACGUCGGUAGCAGGCUCGGUGUUCCGGUUCACGUGUUCGGCCCGGAGACGCACAUGACGGCGAUCGUCGGGAUGGCCCUUGGCAAGCGUGAGAUCCCGGAAGAGCCAGAGAAGAUGGAGACGACGGCUAACUUCCUGUUGGACGCUUCCGGAAAGGGAAUGCAACAGCCGAGCGGUGCUGCACUGCAGGAGCCCACUACUACCAGCAAAGCCGCAGACGCUUCCAGCCACGACGCUGCGCCCUCAUUACCGCCGUCUGCUGGCAUUCCUGCCCCUGGUGGAGCUGGCGAGGGGAGCAGAGCUCUCUUUACCAACAAGACAAAGUCGCUGAUCUGGGGCAUGCAGCCUCGCGCGGUGCAAGGCAUGCUGGACUUUGACUACUGCUGCCGACGCUCCGAGCCGUCCGUGUCGGCGAUGGUUUACCCGUUCAGCGGCGACCACAAGCAGAAGUUCUACUGGGGUCACAAGGAGAUCCUGAUCCCGCUGUACAAGAAUCUGGACGACGGCAUCAGGAAGCAUCCGGAUGCUGACGUUCUCAUCAGCUUCGCGUCGCUGCGAUCUGCGUACGACAGCACCAUGGAGGUGCUCGCAUACCCUCAGAUACGCACGAUCGCCAUCAUCGCCGAGGGGAUUCCCGAAGCUAAAACACGGGAGCUGAUUAAGAUCGCUAACGAGAAGGGCGUCAGCAUCAUCGGCCCGGCGACGGUCGGCGGGGUCAAGCCGGGAUGCUUCAAGAUCGGAAACACGGGAGGAAUGCUCGAUAACAUCCUGUCCUCCAAACUCUACAGACCUGGCAGCGUGGCGUACGUAUCGCGAUCGGGGGGCAUGUCAUUUAAAAACAUCGUUGCUCGGACGACGGACGGCGUCUCGACGGGUGUGCGGAUCGGAGGCGACCGCUACCCGGGUCUGUCUUUCAUCGACCACAUGCUGAUGAUAUCAGGAAGCCAAGUCAAGAUGUUGGUCCUGCUGGGAGAGAUUGGCGGCACGGACGAGUACACGAUCUGUGAGGCGAUGCGUAGCGGACGCAUCACCAAGCCGCUCGUCGCCUGGUGCAUUGGCACCUGCUCCACCAUGUUCACGUCCGAGGUACAGUUCGGUCACGCGGGCGCGUGCGCUAACGCCGCAGCAGAAACAUCCGUCGCGAAGAACAAGGCGCUGAAGGAAGCCGGAGCCUUCGUUCGACAACUUGACGUUCUCGGAGAGAUCCGGGAGGUGUACGAAAUCAUCGUGAAAGCGGGAAAAAUCGUACGCGCAGCCUGAGGUGCUCCACCGACCGUGCCAAUGGACUACUCUUGGGCCAGGGAGCUGGGCAUCAUCCAGAAAGCCGGCGUCGUCAUGACGAGCAUCUGUGACGAGAGAGGACACGAGCUUCUCUACGCGGGCAUGCCCAUCACUGAGAUCUUUGAGCCAGGAAAUGGCAUCGGCGGAGUGCUCAGCCUCCUCUGGUUCCAGAGAAGGCUUCCUCCAUACGCCUGCAAGUUCAUCGAGCAGUGUCUGAUGGUGACCGCUGACCACGGUCCGGCCGUGUCCGGCGCUCACAAUUGCAUCGUGACGGCGCGAGCGGGGAAGGAUCUCGUGUCCAGUCUUUGCUCCGGACUGCUGACCAUCGGAGACAGGUUUGGAGGGGCUCUGGACGCUGCUGCCAAGCAGUUCAGUGAGGGGUUAGACAAGGGCCUCAUCCCGAUGGACUUCGUUAAUGAGAUGAGGAAGCAGGGAAAACUGAUCAUGGGCAUCGGACACAGGGUCAAGUCGCUGAACAACCCGGACAUGAGAGUGAAGAUUCUGCGAGACUACGCGCGCGAGAACUUCCCGGUGACGCCCCUGCUGGACUACGCGACGGCCGUGGAGCUCAUCACCACGUCUAAGGUGACACGGGUGACACUGGUGCUGCAGGGUUGCGGUUGA